AUGGGGACCAAGACGCGGACGAAGCUUCAAAGCAGCCACUAUGUCACUGUCAAUGUGUAUGUGUACGGCGUCGGUCUCGGUGCUUGGUGCAUCGUGCUUGGUUGCUUGCUAUUGUCGGUGCUCGUUGCGCCGUAUGUCUGUCGAUGGUCGAUGGAGGAGCAUGGCAGGUUUCCCGGGAUGGAGAACGUGGGAGAGAGUAAGGUAGUUGCUCCUGCUUUGGCCCGGCACCGCACUACCAGCAAGUCUACAUAUGAUGAAGUCUGUGUACUCCAAGUGUACGUCGGAUCUCUUCCUCACAUCCAAUUCCGGCCUGCUUACACCGUAUCCUCACCUGGACUACGAAGUACCAGCAGGACUGCCAUUACACUGAAUAUGGAUGGCUACAGAACACGGCUGGAUGGAUGCUCGCAGUUUUCCACGUUAGCAAUGCAUUAUUCACUCUUCCAGGCCCUGAUUCCCUCGGUCACUCCUUGCCUCCCCAUCUGUCAAAAUCCCCCCAAUCCAUCUAUCCGGCUGAGAUUCUGCCCCCCUCCCUCAACCAAUGGCCGGGGUGUUGGGGGAGCUCCUGCCCAAGGGUGGGCGGGCCAGCGGGCUGCACCAGUCCUUGUCCAUGCCCAAGUACCUUCCACUACUCCGUACCCAGAUGUACCUGGGCUUAGCCCAGCCCCCCAGGAAGAUAAGGUUCGAUCGCAAUUCGUUGAUUGGGUUGGGUUGGGUAAUGUUGCCUCCCCUCCCAAAGCUGUCACUUCAAAGUUCAAGAUGAACAUCGACCAGCAACAAAACAGAUCCUUGGCAUUGAGAAAAACUGUGAGGAAACAAACGUCAACCUGCAUCCGCAGCCCCUGGUUUUCGCAAUAUUUCUCCUUCUCCAAUCAAGGCUCCUUGUUUGGUCCGGUCUCACAGCUUCUUCCUCGCAUCUUCUUUCUUUCUGUUGCGGCAAGUUCCCCUGCACCUAUACCUUGCAUUGCUGGUCGUGACACGCGACGCUAUCCAUACGAAAUGCCACAAUUACAUCCAAAUCCAGCUCGUGUGAUCUCUCUCCUGCACCCUGUUGUACCCUCCGAGGGGCCUGAAGCUGAUGGAGGAUCGGACCGGACCCGACACCCACAGCUCGAGAGCGCCAUUGACACCCCCGGCCCCAGCAAGCAAACACUUCCACAGAGUCCCCUUGCAGUCCUCUACGGGUCCAGGAGCCCCGACACGACCAAUGCGCGCAUCUCUUGCGUCCCAAUUCGCAUCCCAUCUUUCAUCGGCCCCGACUUCUGGUCACCCGGCACUGAAAGUCUGGGAGUAUGGAAGAAAUGGACAGGCCUCCUUCAAGUUUCAUCAGAAAAGCUCCAUCAGGGUGUCCCCCUUCGACCACCCCUGCAGCCUAUACCCGAUUCCGCAGGCGGUCAGUCAGGCGUCGCCCAGGUCGUCAGGGGGUGCAAGCCUCAACAACCUACGAGUAACUGUCGACUCGCUUACGCACCUCUAAACCGCCUAGCUUCGCCGGUUCUCCGUCCGGGGACGUCCAUCAGCUUCCGCUAG